CCAGACAGGAGUAAACAAGGCGCACAGCACAACAUAACAACACGGACACAUACAUACACACCGUUUAGUUAAAUUCUAUUCGUUUUGUUCGGUUUCAUUUGUUUUCCCAUACAUAACUACAUAGAUUUUGUUUAAUUGUUUGCAACUCAACUCAACUCAAAACUCGAACUCUCAUAUCAACACAUCGUUAAAGCUCGUUUAAAUGGUUGUUAAAUCGGUUUUAUUACUCAAUAUCGUUGUUGUGUUAAGUUGAAGUGAACCUCAAGUGCAAAGAAAAAAAAGAAAGAAGAAUCCUUACGACAAACACCAACAAGUGCAAUGGCUACAAUUACAACCACAACCACGGCGGGCUCUACAGCCCAACACAGUAUUGUACAAAUGGCCAGCCGGCAGAUGCCCCACGGCUUAGGUCUACUCACAACGGUCGCCUCGUUGCCGCCAAAGUAUCGCAGUCGUUACCUAAAUCUGAAAGCCAAAUGUGAGAUCCCCCUAGAUCUGUCGGUGAAACCGAAUUCACCUGUACCUAACACCAACGAAACCACCACCAACGGUGAGGAAAUAGUCAACGAUGUGCCUAUGGCGAGCACGUUUACCGAAGUGUACACAGAACCCAGCCCGGUGGAAGAAGAGACGCAGAUUGUGUCACAGGUGUUCAGCGAGACCAGCGAGGUAUCACUAGUGCCCAUCAGCCAUGAGGAAGUUUAUGUCUUGCAAGAAGCGACUCCUGCAGAAGAGGUGGCCGUCGUGACAAUUACACAAAUUGCCAAACCUAUAACACCGCCAUUAACGCCCACCAAACGUAAGCACGGCGUUAUGUUAGCUGAGGAGCUGCAAUCGAGCGCAGCAGUGUACACCGUGCUAGAGCCACCCAAGCCUGCGACGUUACGCGAGCAACCGGCUAAACUAGCAAAGACAACGAUACAAACGACCACAAAACGCGAUUGUACGCCCACAAAACCCAUCAAACCCGCCGAUACAGCGCCAAAAACCGUGAAAGCACAACCGCCCAUCGCAAAAACCACGAAGAAUAAGGCAACGCGUAAACUGAAAUUUGAUGAAGAGACCAGUUCGCCUGUGUCGGGCACAAUUAUACGACCUCUCGAGGAUAUCACUGAGGGUUCAGUGCAGUAUAGCAAUGGCGAUAUCGAUCCCAAGUACAACAUAGUCGAGAUCACCGAGGAAACCAAAGCCGAAUUGGCCGCUAUCAAGAAUGUUAUCGGUGAUUAUGUGUGUAAAUUGUGUCGCAUAAAAUUCGAUGACGCCUUCGGUUUGGCACGUCAUCGCUGUGCUUGCAUUGUGCUGCUCGAGUAUCGUUGCCCCGAGUGUGGCAAACAAUUUAACUGCCCGGCAAAUUUGGCCUCACAUCGUCGCUGGCACAAGCCGAAGAAAGCGGACGGCAACGGCUCCACAGCCUCACGCAAGGAGAAUCGCAAUACAACAAAUAGCACAUCGCAAACGUCUAAGCCCACCGCCGAUGAAACUGCCGAGCUGCCCUACCCUUGCGACAUCUGCGGUAAACGCUUCAAACGUGCCGCCUAUCUGCGUAAACACCAACAGACGCACAACAAGAAGCGUACCACUAGCACAACGAGCACGACAAGUGUGUCAAGUAUUGCUGGCGCUACACCGUUGAUGCCAGAGACGCCCGCUUUGAUAGCAGAUGGCGGCCUCUCGGCUGCUUCCACAGCGUUAAUAGGUAGCACCUAUCAAUCCUACGCCGUCUCAACUGCAUCUUCAUCUGCCUCGAGCUUGCAUUCAUAUUCUGGUGCCAACGUAGGGGAAGAAGUCAUCAGCUAUGCCGCAGCCAAUGGUGGUUACAUCGAAUAUGUGGACGAUGAAGACGAUGCGCGUUCCACUACAAGCAGCACGAGCUCAACGGGUUACGGACGCUUGCAAAUUGUCGAGACCGGCCUGACGGAGGAGGAAAACAUAGCCGCUGCCGCACUGACGAAUUUGCGGAACUGCGCCUCGGUGAUUCAGCACACGACACUGGCGCAUUGAUUGCUUUAAUUGUGAAGAGCGUCGUUCGAUCGCAUAGGCCGGUCGCACGGACGGCUGUUUAGUUUGUUGUUUAGUGUGCAUCGUACGAUGGAAGUGGUAGUGGUAGUGGCAGUGAGCAAGUGAGCAAGUGAGCGUGGGUAAGGUGGUCGCAUAGCGUAACUACAUAGUGUUUGCAAUGAGGCGUGCGAGGGUGCUCCGUACGUGCAGCAGUGCUGACAAUGACGACGGGAUUUGUGUUUUCCACGUAAACUACGUGAGUGGGCAGUGCUGGUGUUGAUGUGUGGAGGGUGUUUUGGGUGGCGUUGGUUUCUGUAAAUACUUUUAGUGCAACCGUUAAGGGUUGAUUUAUACGUUUUUCCCAUUAUGAAAGUUAUGUUUAAGUUCCAAGCUAUUUUCAAUUCAAUGUUGGGUUCUUUUGUUUUUGUAUUUUGUUUUGAAGUUUUGUUUUGUUUCACUUUGUGCAGCACUACGACAGCUAAGUAUACCAAAGAUUAGUUUUUAAAAGCGUUGGCUUGGUGUUUUCACACGUUCUCUUGUACAUACAUACACGUCUGUGGAACACGCCAAGCGCCAUUUUAUGUUUUCUCAAUUAAUAGGCUUCUUCGGUUAGGUUUAAGUUUUUAUGAUUAGAGGUUAGCUUUUAGGUUAAAAACAUUGUGUUAGCUGUAGUGUAUUCGCGCUCAAAAAAGAGAAAACGAACAGAAGAACGAGCAGGUCUAGUCAUGCGAAUUCAAAAAAAAAAAAAAAAAAA